AACCACACUUGUUCUUUCGUACAGAUUUCAUUUUUUUUCUUCACAGCAGAUUCUAAUGUCGAUCAGGAAGAAACCCGAGGAAGCAGUGUCGGUGCUUCUGGGCCGGCUCAAAAAGGCAAAGGAAGCAGCAACAGAAAACGCUGUCGAUUCUUGUUUGGUUUUCAAGUUCAACGAAAUCGAGAAAGAGCUAAACGGCAUUAAAGAAUUCUAUCCAAAGAUAAAAAGCUGGGAGAAGGGAGUCACGGAUCAGUUCUGUGCCUUGGAACAAGGCCUAGACGACGACAUCUUUAAGGAUCCUGAGAUGGAAACUGAGAUCUCCCGAAAGCUGGAUCUCAUAAAAACUGAUAUUGAGGAACUGAAGAGUUUGAUUUCAACGGUUGACAUUUCAUUUCAGCCCAACUACGAGCCUGCCACCAGGGGUUAUGACCAUGAUCAGACAGUCUCCGAGGAGUGGGUGAAUCUCGGGAUAGAGGAUAAAAUAUUUGAGAGCAAGGGCAUGUCCAGGCUCUUAGCGAGUUUCCACUGCGUGGAGAGCCCCCAAGUGAAAAUGUGUUUGUUGUGCCUCUCGAUUUUUCCAGAAAAAAGUGUGAUAAAGAAAAAACCCAUCAUUUAUUGGUGGAUGGGGGAGGGACUUGUCGCCAAAAACAACAAUCAAACUGCCGAGGAGGUCGGAGAACAAGUCUUUCAACAACUGAUCUACCAAGGCUUCAUCAAACCCAACAUAGACCCCCGAGCAAAGUGGAGCGUAAACAGCUUCGUCGUGUAUCCUUGGGUUCGUCGCAUGCUGAUCAUCGUGGCGAAGGAAAACGGGUUCCUGCAAUUUACUACUCCACCGCGAAGGCCUCUCAACUGCAAACGCAGAGCAUUCCUGUGGCAAGAAAACGACACGUACAACAGCAUCGUGAGUGAUGGGGAGAGAGAGCAGGAUCUGCUGACCGUGUUCAACGUGAAGGUUCAAUACCUGGGGACGAGAAUCGACUGGCUUGCAAAGCUGAAGAAGGCGGAGGUCCUGCAGAUGGGGCGUUGGCAAAACUCCUCCUCCCAUCACAUAGAAGUCGAAGAUCAGGCACUGUUACUCAACGAUUUGGGGUCGCAGAAGAAGCUGAAAUACCUCAGCCUCAGAGGAAUUUCAAGGAUCGAAGCUCUCCCCCCAUCAAUCGUGAAGCUCGUCAGCCUCCAGAUUCUCGAUCUGAGGGCGUGCCACAACCUCGAGAAACUGCCUAAAGACAUGUCAGCAAUGAAGAACCUCACGCAUUUGGACAUAUCCGAGUGUUACCUGCUGGAGAGCAUGCCCAAGGGACUACAACACCUCCUUGAUCUACAAGUUUUAAAGGGAUUCGUGCUAGGGGACAUUUCUUGCACCAUCGGGGAUCUAGCAAGAAUUAAAAACUUGAGGAAAUUGAGCAUACGGGUCAGCAAUCAGGGAGACACUGGUCCGCUAAUGACCCUCGUCGGUUUGUCUGAUCUCAGGAUCCUGACAAUAUCGUGGACCGGAGAGUCGUCGUCGACAUCGUCAUUGGCGGCGCUUCCGCAGAGUCUGAGGAAACUAGACCUCCGGUGCGUGCCGUUCGAGGCGGUUCCGGAGUGGUUGUGGCCAAGCAGGUUGCCGGAUUUGGAGAAGUUGUAUAUCAGAGGAGGAAAACUCAGCAGCUUGGACCACACGGAUACUGACAGGGAAUGGAAGGCCGUCAAAUAUUUACGAUUGGAGUAUCUCACGGAAUUUGAGAUUGACCAAUGUUCAUUGUUCCCACAACUUGUGGAUUUCAAGAUUAAUCUCAUCCCCGUACCACUACAGUCUUGAACAGAGGUGGAUAAAUAUCAUUUCAAAUAAUUCGGCUACAAGAAUGCUGCUCAUGUCCAUUCAACGGUGUAACAUAAAGUUGCGUCGCCUCUAUGUUUUCAUUUUAUUUUGAAGAAGUUAUUUUGAGAGAACAAUUUGAUAAGAAAAAUAUAUUUGUUUUUAUUUUGAUUAAAAAAAAAAAAAAUACGCAAUUUACAGUGUAACUUGUAAGAUCAGAUCAUGUUUAAAGAUGUUUGGAGGAAGGUGUUAUUCUUCUAAAAUAACACCAAGCUCAUAAACUUACACAAACACCAUAUAAACCAUCACACAAACACCAUAUAAACAGCACCAUCCUGCCUCACAGUCUAAAGUCUAAACAGAAUAAUUGUUCCAAUUUUCAAAAAUCGGAAAAACUAGAUCAAAAUUAGAUCUCUUAAUCCUCUACUGGCAUUAGUGACUAUGAACAGCAUCAACAUUCACAGAUCACACAUCAACUACUGUUCCCAGAAAAAAACAUAGCAUCCAAUAAAACUCGAAAACGAUAUGGAAAUUGUCUGAAUUCAAAGCUAGUACAGAAUAAUCCAAAACACUGAAAACAAAAACAAAAAAAACAAAA